AUGAUGAAUCAGUGCACACUCGUGAGCUGCCUACUGGUUAUCGCGCUUUCUCAAAACUCAAAAUCAGUGGUCGCCGACGGUAGUGCUAAUUUUCAGUUUACGAAACAACAUUACAAUGUCAGCAUUCCCGAAAACAGUAUUGCGAAAACGUACGCGACUCAAACGCCCGGUUCGGAUCUCAUGGGUAUUCGGAUACCCCCAGAAACGUUUAUCGACAUUCGAUAUAAGAUAGUCGACGGUGAUAAAGAUAAAUUUUUCAAGGCGGAACAUCGGAUUGUAGGCGACUUCUGUUUUCUUUUUAUCAGAAUUAAAACAGGGAAUAACGACGUUCUAAAUCGAGAACGAAGAGAUAAGUAUAAUCUUCAAGUGCGCGCGUUUGCUUCCAUCAAAGAAGGCAAACAAAAAGUUCAAUACACUACGGAUACCAUCGUUGAUGUUACAGUUCUCGAUACCGAUGACUUGAACCCGCUCUUCUAUCCGAUAGAAUACAAUGCCACCGUCUUUGAAGAUACACCGAUCCAUCAAAGCGUUCUAAGGGUUGUCGCCGAAGAUGCAGAUUUGGGCAGAAACGGAGAGAUUUAUUACAGCUUCAUCGAGGAAACCGACAAAUUUAUGAUACAUCCAAUCACAGGAAUAAUAUCCUUAACUCGCCCAUUGAGAUACAAUGAAGGAUCCUAUCACGAACUCACCGUGUACGCUCAAGAUAGAGGGACCAUCGUUAAAAAUGGUUUCGGAAUGUUCAGCAGGGCCAAAGUAAGAAUACGAGUUCAGAAAGUUAAUUUUCAUUCGCCUGAAAUUAAAAUAAGACGGCACCCGCAAAUAGUUGAAAAUUCGAACGCCGACAUCUACGCAAUUGUUAAUGUUUCGGAUAAAGACAGCGGAAUUCACGGAGAAAUAGCGAGUUUGGAAAUUGUUGACGGAGAUCCCGACGGACACUUUAGAAUACGGCCGACUAAACAACCCGGCGAAUACAACAUUGAAGUUUUAAAAUUAUUGGACAGGGAAACGGCUCCGAAUGGAUAUGUAUUGCAAUUAAGAGCAGUGGAUCGAGGUAUACCUACUAAAGAGAGUUACAAAUCCGUUCAUGUCAUUUUAGCCGAUUUUAAUGACAAUGCACCGGUGUUUAGUAAAGAGAUUUAUGAUAUCAAAGUUCCCGAAUCUGCACCACUAAAUACUCCAUUAAUCAGAUUAAAAGUAACCGACGCAGAUGAGGGUAAAAACGCACAAGUUUAUUUAGAAAUAGUAGGUGGCAACGAAGGCGGAGAGUUUCGGAUUAAUUCAGAAACUGGCAUGCUUUACACAGCAGUUCCACUGGAUGCCGAAAAUAAACAAUUUUACAGCCUUACAGUUUCCGCUAUUGACCAAGGAAAUGUAGCAACACGUAAACAAUCGUCUGCGAAAAUAAAAAUAUACGUUGAAGAUACGAAUGAUAAUGACCCGAUAUUUGAAAAAUCCGAGGCCGUUGUUUGGAUAGACGAAAACAUGCCAGCAGGAGCGUCUGUCACCACAGUACACGCUAAAGAUAAGGACCGAGGGGAAAACGCUUAUAUUUCCUAUCUCAUCGCAAAUCUUAAUAAAGUUCCUUUUGAAAUAGACCACUUUUCCGGCAUCAUUAAAACAACAAUGCUCUUAGAUUACGAAAGUAUGAGACGAGAAUAUGUCCUUCGUGUACGAGCGUCUGAUUGGGGACUUCCGUAUAGGCGUCAAACAGAAAUGCAGUUAACGGUUAAAGUCAGAGACAUAAACGAUAACAGACCGCAAUUUGAAAAAAUUGAUUGCUUCGGCCACAUAGCACGAAACGUUCCAAUUGGAUCCGAAAUAAUAACACUGUCUGCAAUCGAUUUUGAUGCCGGCAACAUCAUAAGUUAUAGGAUUGUUUCCGGUAACGAAGAUGGCUGUUUCAGCAUUGAUACCACUUCAGGGACUAUUAGCGUCAGCUGCGAUCUGAACGAUAUUAAAAUCGGGGAAAGAGAACUUAACGUCACCGCAACGGAUAAUACUCAUUUUGCGGAUAUCGCCAGAGUGCGAUUUAAGCUUGUCAGUUCCAAGAGAAAAGUUUUAUCGAACGGUAAAUCUUUCAGCGAUGAACCUGAACAAUUCGACUGCAGAGAUACUGGAGUAGCCAGAAAAUUAACGGAGAUUCUGGCUGAUGCCGAAAAUAACAACAAGCCUUCGACGCAGGAGGAAUUUCCAAUGAUGCCGACGCGCUACGGCCUCAACGUGCAUUCUCCAGAAUUUUUAGAUUUUCCCGUGGAAAUUAAGGUGAACGAGUCUGUGGCUCUUGGUACAACGCUUAUUAAGUUACGGGCCCGCGACAGAGACUUAGGAUAUAACGGAAAAUUACUCUAUGGAAUAUCUAAUGGAGAUUUACGUUCACAAUUUACUAUUGAUAUGGAAACAGGCGAACUGAAAGUGAUAGGAUAUUUAGAUAGAGAACGUGAUAGCGAAUACUUCUUAAAUAUAUCAGUGUAUGAUUUAGGAAAGCCACAAAAAUCUUCUUCACGAAUUCUUCCUAUUACAGUACUAGACGUUAACGAUAACGCUCCUAAAUUUGAAAAAGCAUUGGCGAGUUUCAGAGUCACCGAAAAUGCAUUAAAUGGAACUGCAAUUUUUAGAGCAAAUGCUACUGAUGCUGAUGAAGGCGACAAUGCGAAAAUCACCUACUCCUUAGUAACAGACACCAAAGACUUCUGGGUAGACCCUACAACUGGUGUCCUUAUCGUAUCAAACGCUUUGGACAGAGAACGUCAAGACUUAUAUGAAUUAAAAAUAAGAGCUACAGACGGUGGUGGUAAAGGUCCUGAAAAUCCUCCUUUAUUUUCACAAGCGUUGGUUCGAAUCUCCAUCGAUGAUAUCAACGACAAUCCUCCCAGAUUUAGCCUUCCAAAUUAUAUAGUUAAAAUUCGUGAAGACGUACCAAAAGGUACCGUGGUAGCAGUACUUACAGCGUCCGAUCCAGAUCUCGGUUUAGAGGGAGAAGUGAUUUAUUCCCUUGAAGAUAGUGACAGUGAUGGAGCGUUCAAGAUCGACAGCUUAUCCGGUACGAUUCGCACCACAAAAUCCUUGGAUUUCGAAGAACGACAAGUGCACAGUUUAGUAGUUCACGGUAAUGACAAAGGGAAUCCUUCUUUGUCUUCGGAAGCGAGUGUUACGAUAAAUGUGGUCGACGUGAAUGAAAACAUGCACGUUCCGCAAUUCGGAGAUUUCGUUCUAUCGGGAAAAGUGAAAGAAAAUCUACCUGUAGGCAGUUUCGUUAUGCUAGUGAAUGCCACUGAUUCGGAUCCUCCUGGCGGCGAUAGCACCAUUGAAUAUUCUAUAAGAGGUGGCGACGGAAUUGGUAUAUUCUCUAUCGACAACAAAGGUUCAAUAAGGACUUUGGCUGUAUUGGAUAUCGAGACCAAAAGCCAUUAUUGGAUUACGGUUUUUGCUCAAGAUCAUGGCAUCGUUCCGCUUGUAUCAAGUGUCGAGGUGUACAUCGAAGUAUUGAACGAGAACGAUAACGUGCCUUUGAGCGAGCAAGCGGUUUACUAUCCAAACAUUCCCGAGGAGAGUCCUGAAGGCACUACGGUCCUUCAAAUAAGAGCCACGGAUCGGGAUAAGGACCCGCACCAAAAAAUAACAUACAAGAUCAGCUCUGGCAAUCCGGAGGGUUUUUUCGCAAUCAACUCGAGCACAGGUGUCAUUACGACGACGUCUAGAAAAUUGGAUCGAGAAGCCCAAUCCGAACAUAUUUUAGAAGUACUGAUAAACGACAAUGGUUCUCCUGUUCUCUCAUCUACCACAAGAGUUGUAGUAGGCGUGGAAGACAUAAACGACAACGUUCCUGAAUUUGAACAAAUUUCCUACGAAAUCCAAAUCCCGGCGAUAAAAAGUGAAAGCGAUCAACCUCUCUUCCAGGUCUUGGCAUUUGACCGAGAUAUAGGACAAAAUGCUCAAUUGAAUUACCACAUUAAAUCUGGAAAAGGCCGGACCAAAUUCAAAAUUGAUAACAGCACUGGAAUCGUAUAUGCGCAAAAAGCGCUUACAGCUGGAGAGGAAUACGAGUUAAAUGUAAAAGUGUCAGAUAUGGGAGAUCCUCCAAGGCAUAACGUCUGUAAAGUUAUAGUGCAUACCGUACCAAUUCUUUCGACGUCGAAACAUCCACCUGUAAUCGUUAAAAAACCCCUUCCUGUUAAAUUAACUGAGAGCGAUGAUAUAGGACUUCUAGUCGCUUCUAUUUCAGCCAGUGAUCCAGACAACGAUACCCUUUGGUAUGAUAUUGUUGAUGGCAACGAGAGGAACGAUUUCUUCAUCGGUAGAGACAUAGGCAAUAUCCUAAUUGCACAACGACUGGAUUACGAAACUCAAAACGAAUAUUCCCUUAAUAUCAGCAUCACGGACUCCAUCCACACAGUCUACACGCAAUUAAAUAUUUCUAUACUGGACAUCAAUGACAACCGGCCGGUGUUUUCCGAAAGUCUGUACAAAGUAGAGAUAUCCGAAGCCGUCCCACUUUAUACUGAAGUUCUCAAAUUACAAGCCACCGAUAAAGAUUCAAAUGAAAACUUAAUUUAUAGUUUCCAUUCCGCCGAAAAUAUAAUCUCUUUGAGAACGUUCAUGCUUAAUCAAAUGUCUGGCGUUAUCUCACUAGCUGCUAGUCUAGACAGG